GACUGAAAAAAUUAUUCAUUGAUUUUACCUGUCAAAAUACUGGCCGUCUGUCGGUAAACAUGGCUCGGAAAGUCUUUUUAUUUUGGGUAAUAUACAUCUAGCAGGAUCCAUCAUCAUGAAUUAAAAUAUGCAAGUCAAGAUUAGCAAUUGAAGGGAGUUAUUGAUACUGAAGGUGCAAUAUCCUUAUAUUCUACUGUGACCGUUACCGCAUCCAAUCAGAAUGACAUAAAGUGGAUUAAAGAAGGAAUGUGUUUAUUAUCGUUAAGAAAAAUGUGCCAAAGUUGGAGAAAAAUCUGUUGAAACACAGCAUCUUGUAUGCCUUAAGACUUCCGGAGAAGUCAUAAUUUAUUGCAGGAACCGUGCCGAAUAAAAUAAAAAUGAAUAAAAAGGAAUACCUUUGCCCACGGUUGCUAGACUAUAUCCUAAUAGUCGGGGCUCGCCGUCCAAAUAACAACAAUGAUGUCGCGCAGACACCUGAACUCCUGCGACGCUUUCCUAGGGAAGACCAUGAUGACUUCCCGCUUCCAAAAGACGUUGUUUACUUUUGCCAACCAGAAGGCUGUCUGACGGUUGGCCAGAAGCGUUUCAGCAUGAGAGAGAACACAUCAUUUGUGUUCACACUCACAGAAAAGGACACAGCACGUAUUAGGUUCGGAGUUUGCGUGAACUUUUACCGACCGUUCAAAGUCUCUGAGCGCAAAUCGAGCAGUUCAUCAGAAAAGAGGGAAAAGUCGCUCCUGAGUACUCGGCAGCACUCGAGCAGUAGCAAUGAUACACUGAACAUUCCCGAUGAUGGCACGGACAUACACAAAUCGCCUAGAACUCGUAGAAGGCUCAAACAGGCGAAGAAGAUCCGUAAUAACUCGUUAACGUCGCUUUGUAUUUUGAGUCACCACCCGUUCAUAUCAACGUUUAGGGAGUGUCUCUUUAUCUUGAGGAAACUAAUUGAUUCGUGUAAUGAAAGGACAAGUAGUCGGAAGGUUGGAGGAUCAAGAUCAUCACUCAGAGAUUCCGUGUGGGGUGUAUUGACCGGCAUCUGCGGCGAUAUCCCCCCUCUGGUGAAACACGAUGUCCGACAGAUUGAGACCUGGAUGCUCCGCCUCCUUAGCUCCCCUGUUCCGGUCCCGGGCAAGACCAGGGUUGAGAUCGAGAUCCUGGAAUCCCAGCCGUCCCUGGUCUUUGCCCUCCCCGACCACACCCGAUUCUCCCUGGCGGACUUCCCCCUGCAUCUUCCGCUGGAACUCCUUGGUGUGGAUACGUGUCUCAGUGUGCUAACUCUCAUCAUGCUGGAGAAUAAGGUGGUACUCCAGUCACGUGAUUACAAUGCCCUGUCAAUGAGCGUGAUGGCGUUUGUCGCAAUGAUCUACCCACUGGAGUACAUGUUUCCAGUUAUCCCUCUUUUACCAACUUGUAUGGGAUCUGCAGAGCAGUUAUUGCUGGCACCUACACCAUUCAUCAUUGGUGUGCCAGCUAGCUUCUUUCGCUACAAACCUUCAUUCAAGCUUCCUGAUGAUGUUUGGAUGGUGGAUCUGGACACUAAUAAGGUAAGAUUUGAUUUGAUUUAAUUUGGUUUGAUUUGAUUUGAUUUGAUUUCAGUUGAGUUGAAUUAAGUUGAUUUUAUCUGAUUUGAGUUACGUUGAGCUAAGUUGAGUUGAAUUGAGUUGAUUAAUUUGUUUUGAUUUGGUUUGAUUUGAUUUGAUUUCAGUUGCGCUGAGUUGAGUUGAAUUGAGUUGAUUUGUUUUGAUUUGAUUUGAUUUCAGUUGAGUUGAAUUAAGUUGAUUCUAUCUGAUUUGAGUUACGUUGAGCUGAGUUAUGUUGAAUUGAGUUGAUUAGUUUGUUUUGAUUUGAUUUGAUUUGAUUUUGUUUGAUUUGAUUAUUGAUUUCAGUUGAGUUGAAUAGUUGACUUUAUCUGAUUUUAUUUGAGUUGCGUUGAGUUGAGUUGAAUUGAGUUGAUUUGUUUUUAUUUCAUUUGAUUUGAUAUCAGUUGAGUUAAAUUAAGUUGACUUUAUCUGAUUUUAUUUGAGUUGCGUUGAGCCAAGUUGAGUUGAAUUUAGUUGAUUUAUUUUGAUUUGAUUUGAUUUCAGUUGAGUUGAAUUAAGUUGAUUUUGUCUGAUUUGAUUUGAGUUGCAUUGAGCCCAGUUGAGUUGAAUUGAGUUGAUUUGUUUUGAUUUGAUUUGAUUUGAUAUCAGUUGAGUUAAAUUAAGUUGACUUUAUCUGAUUUUAUUUGAGUUGCGUUGAGCCAAGUUGAGUUGAAUUUAGUUGAUUUAUUUUGAUUUGAUUUGAUUUAAGUUGAGUUGAAUUAAGUUGAUUUUGUCUGAUUUGAUUUGAGUUGCAUUGAGCCCAGUUGAGUUGAAUUGAGUUGAUUUGUUUUGAUUUCAUUUGAGUUGAAUUAAGUUGAUUUUAUCGGAUUUGAGUUACGUUGAGCUGAGUUGAGUUGAAUUAAGUUGAUUAAUUUGUUUUGAUUUGAUUAAUUUGUUUUGAUUUGAUUUGAAUUGGUUUGAUUUGGUUUUAUUUCAUUUGAGUUGAAUAGUUGACCUUAUCUGAUUUGAUUUGAGUUGUGUUGAACUGAGUUGAGGUGAAUUGAGUUGAUUUGUUUUGAUUUCAUUUGAGUUGAAUUAAGUUGAUUAUCUGAUUUGAGUUACGUUGAGCUGAGUGGAGUUGAAUUGAGUUGAUUAAUUUGUUUUGAUUGGAUUUGGUUUGAUUUGGUUUGAUUUCAUUUGAUUUGAUUUUAGUUGAGUUGAAUUAAGUUGACUUUGUCUGAAUUGAUUUGAGUUGCAUUGAGCCGAGUCGAGUUGAAUUGAGUUGAUUUGUUUUGAUUUGAUUUGAUUUCAGUUGAGUUGAAGUAAGUUUACUUUAUCUGAUUUUAUGUGAGUUGCGUUGAGCUGAAUAGAGUUGAAUUAAGUUGAUUUGUUUUGAUUUGAUUUCAAAUGAGUUGAAUUAAGUUGAUUUUGUCAGAUUUGAUUUGAGUUGCAUGGAGCUGAGUUGAGUUGAAUUGAGUUGAUUUGAUUUCAGUUGAGUUGAAUAGUUGACUUUAUCUGAUUUGAUUUGAGUUGCGUUAUUAAAGCUGAGUUGAGUUGAAUUGAGUUGAUUUGUUUUUAUUUGAUUUCAGUUGAGUUGAAUUAAGUUGAUUUCGUCUGAUUUGAUUUGAGUUGCAUUGAGCUGAGUUGAUUUGAUUUGAUUAGACUUGACUUGACUUGACGUGACACGAUUCAACAUUUUGAUGUCAUUUCAUUGCAAAGAACAGUGAUACGGUACUUGAACAAUGACUGACCAUGGUCAAUGUAAAAUCGUGUUUUAAUAAAUCUUAGUCCUAUAGACUAACUUAACCCGAACAGUGAUUUUCUUCAUUAGCAUGCUGUGUGCAAAGCCAAGGCAUUGAAUUCUGUAAUGAAAUUGGAUUUGAGAUUACCUUCUAAUACAUGAAGCUCCCAGGGCAGAUAGAUUACCAUGCAGCCCGUGCUCUUUAUCUUGGUAAUAUAUCAGCCUGUCAUGGUGAGAGGGGCCUAUUAUUAGCUAAAUGAAAUGAAUGUUUAGAGUGUGGUGUGAGCUGUGCUGGAGCCAUGUCGUGAUGAAUUGAUAAAAGGAUUUUCUUGUAUUGAUAAAUGGAUUUAUUGCGGCAGUGAAAUGUGAUGAAGAGAGAUUUUGAAAGGAGUGGGAGGGAGAAGAGGGGGGGGGGGGUGGGGAUGGAAUGUGGGGGCGGCAUCCACUUUUAUAUUAAAGAUGUUUAGGCAUUUAUAAGAUUUCAUAUGUUACACUUGUCCAAAGAAAAUUGUCUGAUUAACCAGUUUUAAAUUGGAAGGAUGUACCUAGAAAUAUUGAGAAGAUUUAGAUAAGAUGUCGACAUGCUUUUAGGUUUAAAAAGAACAAUACCAUCACACAAACAAAUACGACAUCAGGGGGUUUUCAUGCAGUAAAGCUACAUGUACACUUAAUGCUUAUAGUGGCAACCCUCCAACCUUGUUGAACCGGUCAUAGAAAAUACAACUUUGUUCAUUGUUUUGAUACAUAGUUUGUCACUAUUUUUGUACCGGUACUUCCUUUAUUGAUUGUUUAUGACAAAGAUGAAGAAAUCAAUAAAUGAAAUGAAAAUAACAGAAGAGGAGAUUAUCUAGAUUAGAUAUCAACCUAUUGCAGUACAUGUAGGUCAUUUUAGCUUGGUUACUGUUUAUUUUUAAUUAAAUUAAUUUCAAGGACAGGGGGAGGGCUUGAAUAAAUACGCUGAAUAAUUCACUGACAUAGGAAUGUGUUCAAAUUAAAUCAGUGAAAUUAGUUUGGAAAUCAAUACAUGUAUGAGGGGAAUGUCCCAUGAAGCAAAUGGUCAGUGAUUUUUACUAUCAGUGAUAAGAUCAUAACUGUCACAAGCUACUGAAAUCCUCUCAUCUGAUUGGUCCAGAGCAAAUAAGUCAUUGAAAGUCACUAUUUGUUUCAUGAAAUGCCCCCAUCUUUUAUCUUGAAGACUCUGAUUCAAAUUGAAUUGAAUGAUUACGAUGUUGAGUCUUACAUGUACAUGUAUGUUGGGCUAUAUGGCAUGCAACCAUACUUGAUUAGAUUCGACUACUAGUAGCAUGAAGAGAAGACUGUGAUUAGGUAAAUUAAAUUGAAUGUCUAUCAUGUUUACUUCUUUGAGGUACGCAAGAG